GGAAGCCUCUGUCAGAGCUGUGUCGGUGGAAGCUUUGAGUAUCCUCUCAGUCGAGCCUCACUGGACUUUGGACCCGGGUCACCGUCGAGCACCUUAUUUUCAUCUCUGUCAACAUUUUUGUUUGCACAUAGGGCUUCCAUUUCUUUUCUUUUCUUUCUUUUUUUUUCCAGAUUCGGAGCUGGGGACAAUUGCUGUCAGCUAACUUCCACAAUAGGUCGCUGCGUCGCCGGACUGCUGCAUAUGUUUGAUUUAUUUUUAUUUUACAUUUUUUUUAGCUUAACACUUUGACUCCAGCCCUUCCAGCCGUGCCCAAUGCCGAGGAAUGGAUAGUGUGUCUGCUAAAGGCGGAAAGAUGGUCGAGAGUGAUGAGCAGCCGGAGAGGGAUAGCGGCGGUGGCGCAGCGAUGGCCGCGCUACAUCAGUGCGAACUGAUCCAGAAUAUGAUUGAUAUCUCCAUCUCCAGCUUACAGGGGCUACGCACCAAAUGCGCCGCCACCAACGACCUUACACAGCAGGAAAUACGAACUUUAGAGGUGAAGCUGAUGAAAUACAUCUGUAAACAGCUCCAGUGCAAGCAGAAAGUGCCAGAGACAGAGAGGCCCGAGGCCCUAGACAGCUAUCCACACUUGCGAGACUGGUUACGCACCAUCAACCUGCGACCAGAGCUCAUUGAGGCCGUGGAGGCAAAGCUGUCGCUGGAUACCUUACUGCAGAUGACAGGAGCUCAGGUGAGAGACACAAUGCGAAGACUUGGGUCCAGCUCAGAAGAAUGUGGCAGACUCGGUGCUGCCCUCUCUUGUCUAAAGAGUGCUACUGAAUCAGGAGGCGAACUAAGAGAUGACAGCAGUCUCUGGCUGUCUGAGCCCACCAGGAGGGACAGCGGCUCUCUGCUGACAGCAGACCAGCUAACCAACCUGGGGACCCCACUCCGCACACACAGCCCCUCGCCUCUAGCCCGCCCAGCCACCAUCCAGUCCACCCCAUCCACUCCCUGCGCAACCUUCCCCCACCCUCGCUCAGGCUCGAUGUCAGCGGCGCCCACGCCAGACGCACAUGGCGACAGCCCUCUCACAGAUCCAUUCCCUAUGUCCUUCGCCCGCGCAGCCCGCCUCCAUGGGCACAUCUCCACCCCACCUAUAACGCCUCCUUCAAAGAGGCGUCACCGGUUGAAGCCUCCCUGCACCCCUCCCCCGCCAUCCCGCAAGGUACUGCACCUGCUUCCCAACAUCACACUGACGCGCAGCAAAAGCCACGAGUCUCAGCUGGGCAACCGCAUCGAGGACCCUCCCACCAACAAGUGUGUUAAAAAGAACAAGUUGUUCCUGAACAUGCAAGUCAACGGUAACGGAUGUGAGGAUUCGCCUUCUCGCUACCCCGCCGUGUCUGCAAGGACACCCGGUGCCACCCCAGCUGCCAACACAGCACCUUACACCCUUCCUGGAACUCCCACACUGCUGGAGGAGCACAGCACAAUUAAGAAUAAUGUAGCAGUGCAUCGCAGCUCCCCACAAGCAAUAAGGAGGGAUAUAGGGCUUGCAGUCACGCACAGGUUUUCCACCAAAUCCUGGUUGUCGCAGACGUGUCAAGUGUGCCAGAAAAACAUGAUGUUUGGAGUUAAGUGCAAACACUGUCGAUUAAAGUGCCACAACAAAUGUACAAAGGAAGCUCCAUCCUGCAGAAUCUCCUUUCUACCAAUUGCCAAAAUUCGGAGGACCGAGUCAGUUCCCUCUGAUAUAAACAACCCAGUGGACCGGCCGCAGGAAGCACCGCAGUUUGGCACACUACCAAAGGCUAUUACGAAAAAGCAGGAUCAUCCACCAGUGCUGAACCAGCUGGACUCCAGCAGCAACCCAUCCUCCACCACUUCAUCCACACCUUCCUCCCCAGCACCCUUCCAGCAGAGCAACCCCCCCAGUGCCACACCACCGCCCAACCCUUCACCCAAAGGUCAUCGAGACAGCCGAUUUAAUUUCCCGGCUGCCUGUUACUUUCAGCAUAGACAGCAAUUUAUCUUCCCGGAUGUUUCCAGUCCUGCAAAUUUCCACUCAGAUGUUCUCCAGGACAGAGUCAGUGAGAUAGAGCAAUCAUCAGACGACGUACAUGAUGACCUGGUAGAAGAUGACGAUGAAGAGGAAGGGGAUGAGGAGGUUGAGGACGAAGAUGAUCACGAAGGGGAGGAGGAGGACGAUGAGGAGGAUGAUGAGGACAAUGUGGAUGGAGGAGAAGAUGAGGACGACAGAGGGGAGAUCAGGAUGCACAUGGGCUCCGACGGCGAGUGCGACGAGCUGGAUGAUCUGCCCAACUCUCGGGGAAACCAGUGGAAGGGCCCCAUCUCCCGCAAGGCCAGUCAGACCAGCGUUUACCUGCAAGAGUGGGACAUCCCCUUUGAGCAGCUGGACCUUGGGGAGCUCAUAGGAAAGGGCCGCUGGGGAAAAGUGCACAAGGGCCGGUGGCACGGCGAGGUGGCCAUCCGGCUUCUUGAGAUCGAUGGGAACAAUCAGGACCACCUGAAGCUCUUUAAAAAGGAGGUGAUGAACUACAGACAGACCAGGCAUGAGAAUGUGGUCCUCUUUAUGGGAGCCUGCAUGGCUCCACCCCACCUGGCCAUUAUCACCAGUUUUUGUAAAGGGAGGACACUCUACUCAGUAGUUCGAGACACUAAAAACACUCUGGAUAUUAACAAGACAAGACAAAUCGCUCAGGAGAUUGUAAAGGCGUGA